GGUGGCGGGCAGAGCUGUCCUCGUCACAGGCUGUGACUCUGGCUUUGGGCAGGCGACUGCACGCCACUUGGAUGCCAUGGGUUUCCGGGUGUUUGCCAGCGUGCUGGACCUGCAGGGCUCCGGGGCCCAGGAGCUGCAGAAGAGCUGCUCGCAGAGGCUCACACUGUUGCAAAUGGACCUGACCAAGCCAGAAGACAUCCAACAUGUCCUGCAGCACAUCCAGGCUCACACUAACAGCACAGGGCUCUGGGGCCUCGUGAACAACGCCGGCUUCAAUGACACCAUUGCUGAUGCAGAGCUCUCACCACUGGGCAAGUUUCGCACCUGCAUGGAGGUGAACUUCUUCGGGUCACUGGAGCUCACCAAGGGGCUGCUGCCCCUGCUCCGCUCUGCUGGCGGCCGCAUCGUCACUGUGAGCAGCCCUGCGGGUGACCUGCCAUUUCCCUGCCUGGCAGCCUAUGGUGCCUCAAAGGCUGCACUCAGCCUGCUCAUGGACACCUUCCGCAGUGAGCUCCAGCCCUGGGGCGUCAAAGUCAGCCUCAUCCUGCCCGGCUACUACAAAACAGGGACAACAUGUGACCCCGCAUUCUGGAACCUGCGCAAGCAGCAGCUGGUGGCCAGCCUGCCCCAGGAGCUGCUGCAGGCCUAUGGCGAGGACUAUGUGGAGGAGAUCAACCGGCAGUUCAUCCAGUUCAUGAAGGUGGCUGUGGAGGACCUCAGUGCGGUGGUGAACAGCAUCACAGAUGGGCUCCUCGCUGCCAAUCCAGCUGUGCGCUACUACCCAGGGCAGGGCCUUGGGCUCAUGUAUUUUAUACACCGCUACCUGCCCUACUUUGUCCGAGACUUGUUCCUGAAAGGAUUCUUCAUCAACCCCAAGCUGCCCAGAGCGCUGCGGCAAGAGCACCACAACAACAUCAAGAAGGCCUGACCUUGGCCUGCAUGCAAUCAUGGGGCAGGAGGAAGCCUUCUCCUGUAAUCUCUAAGCACCACAUGAAAUAGCCCGAGUGUGUGCACAGCCUCCAGCCCUGCUGCUCAUGCGCCACAUGGGAACGAUCAGCACUAGACAUAAAACCAAAUUGCUUUCCGAAAUCAGGCAGAUCUAUUUUCUAUUGUGUGAGAAUCAGCAUUUUCUAGAGACCUUGUUUUUGUAUUUUUUUCUAACUGCACAUCCUGCAAUGUGGCCACUCCUGCCUGACUCUCUGGGUUUCUGCACGACACACUGGAACGUACCUCAGGUGUUUCUCAGCUACGUUAAGGUUUUCCUCGCUGCUGCUGGAGCUGCAAGUGUUCGUCUCCGUUGCCUCUUGGCUGGGUCAGGCCCAUGACCUUCUGCCCACCGCUGUGCCAGCCCCUGUGCCUGCCUCACUGCAGUUCAUUACACACUCCAUGUGCUCCCAGGGACAGUGGGGUCCCAGACCAGGCUGCAGAGCUCUUCACAAGUUGAACUAUGUGAUUAUCACUUUUUAAAUAAAUCUGUUCUUAAUAUGCCACUGGGCUCUUACAGUCUACUUUUGUGGCACAGCACCACAGUGCUUGUUCAGGGAUGCCCUGCCAUAGAAGCAGGAGAACAAAGCUGGUCCCCAGCUGUGCACUGAGUUGAGCUACACACUGAGCGUAGUGGUAAGAGCCUUUGGUGGAGUAGCAGGGCCUAGUGUGCCACAGGCAGUACCAGAAGAGGGAUAUCUAGCCAAGGGGAUGUUAGUUGGAGAUGCAUUCCCUGGAUAUAGCCUGACAGGAAGAGAAGGCAUCUGCCCCCUCCCCCUCUCCCUCCACCCCAAAGGCUCCCCUUUUGCUUUGCUGUGAUUCCACGAGCACCUCUGUGCAGGAAGCCCAGGCAUUGGGGAAUAAGGUUAGCAAAGCGGGUGAAGGCUCUUAAGCAAGUAUAAGCAACAAGGGCUGCAUCUCCUCUCAAGCACCUACCAGCUCAGCACCCAACUGCACCCACACACCUACUAUUGGGCACUGUUAUGCCGCUUGUGCUGUGGUGUCAUGACAGCUCUGCCUUGCCUAUCCAUGGCAGGAGCAAGUGCCCAAGUCAGGCAGGGGCUAGGCCGGGGUUCUCUACAAACAUCUAAGCACCCUGGGUAAAAGGCAGAGUAGCCAAGACCCACACUUAGCCAGUGAGACCUUCCUAGCUGAAGGCUGCCUAGGAGAUAGGACAUGCACAAAGUUAUUCAGAAGUUGUGGAGGCAGAGCUCCCACAGCAAACACUAAUUGACGCCUCCAACACCAGCCCCUUGGCUGAAGCAGGCACCUGCUCAUACAUCCCCAAGACCCGAGUAAGCAGGGAGAGCACAGCGCAGUAGGCGGAUAUUUAUUGGUGCAAAAAGGGAGGGAGGGUGGCCAGGAUAACACACACUGCAGAAGUUACCACAGCACAGGCUGGGACAGGGCUGCUCUUACCCAUCAACCCUUCCCAGUGGCAGCACAGAGCACAUGUGUUUCCCAUCAGCAAAGCUUCUUCACUGCCACACCAACACAGGGCAUCUCCCAGCAGGGCCAAAUAACCUUGAGCACAAGUGGGAGCCAGCCAUGUCACACAUCAGGAAGGGAGCUGGGCUGCCACACCAUGGCUCUGGCUUGCCUCCCAUCUCCUAAAUACAGACCAUGAAGAGGCAGGGCCUGGACAAGACAGGAGACACCUCUGCCAACAUGCCUUCUGCACUAACCACAGCGAGCAAGUGGAGCCAGACCCCAAGGGCUGCUCUGCAGAACAGCCAGUUGUGCCCAUAUGGCUAAGUGACAGUGCCAGCCCAGACGCCCCAGGAGGACUGCUCCAGCCUGGAUACCUGUGCUAUGCCAGUCCAGAGGCUCUGUCAUAA